GGCAGAGCACUCUGAGACUGAAACUCUAGUGCUGUUCCGCUCCAGCAUUCACCUUCAAACAUGACUCUGAGAGGAGACGCGAUGGGAGCAGGAGAGGUGAUUUACACGGUGGUGGAGGUGCUCAUCGCUGUCAGCUGCUGUCUGGGGAACAUGCUGGUGAUUCUGGCUCUUUGGACCAGUAAAAGCAUCCGGCAACCCACCUUCCGUCUGAUCGUCUCUCUGGCUGUGGCAGACUUUCUCGUCGGCUGUGUGGCCGUCCCGAUGGCUGUGUUGGUGGACGGACGGGUCGAGACUUCAUUCCACUCUUGUCUCUUCAUCAGCUGCCUGGUUAUUCUAUUGACCUUGGUUUCAGUUUUGUGUCUGACAGCGAUUGCUGUUGACCGCUACCUGCGGGUGUACAUCCCUCUGAGGUACAAAAGGACCAUAACAUUGAAACAUUCUCGUCUUGUGGUUGCGGGAUGUUGGCUUGUUGCACUACCUCUGAGUUUUACUCCAAUGUUCGGAUGGCACAACCAAAAGACAUUAUCUCAAUCUGUCAAUUCUACAAUUGUCUGCCGGUUUAUUACUGUUAUCCCCAUGUCGUACCUGGUUUACUUCAACUUCUUCUUCUGUACCUUAACACCACUGCUGGUAAUGACUGUCCUGUACAUCUGUGUCUUCUACACUAUUCGAGGAAACCUUCGAGGCAAACCAGGCAACAGUGCUCGAAAUCAGUCGGAGACCUACUUAAAGAAGGAGAAACAUUUGGCCAGGUCUCUGUCUCUGGUCUUGGCUUUGUUCGCUGUGUGCUGGAUCCCUCUCCACAUAAUGAACUGUAUGACUUACUUUGAUGAGGAGACAGACUUACCAAAAGAAGCUAUUUAUGCUGGCAUCGUGUUUUCUCACGCUAACUCUGCCGUUAACCCGGUUGUGUAUGCAUUCAAAAUAGAAAAAAUUAGGGAAGCCUACAUGAAGAUCUGGAGACGUUUCGCUUCUUGUACCACAGAUAAUCAAAACUCUCAGACGAGCCAGUCGACAGAAAACAAUUUGAGCAGUAACGAGAACAGUGUGAGUGACGACUGAGAAAGGACUUUUUCCAUUUCUGUGCUGCAUUAUUCCCAAAGACCAAGUUUGGAUUAAUGUUCAUUAAUUUGUUUGUAAAUUAUAUCACAUGUAAAUAUGAUGAAAGAUACUUUUUUAUUUGAAGAUGAUAUGAAUGUGCUUACAGUAAACACGUCAAACCACGA